AUGUUUGAAAAUAAAUAUGAAGAUCCAGCCACAAUCUUAGUGACAAUUGCAAAGCUUAAGAUUAGGACAGAGCUUGUGUCCUACAAGAAGGACCCUCGUGCUGCCCAAAAGAAAAAACAAGCACAACGAUUGAAGAACACUCAAAAUCAUCAUCACCACCCCAUUGCCAAGGACACGAAAAACAUCAUCGAUCAUCACAAUGAUCAUAAUCAUAAUCAUGAUCAUUCAAAUUCUGAUUCUGAUUCUGAUUCUGAUGAUCAGAUUGAUGGAGAUCAUGAUGGUCAUAGUGGACAUAAAAUUAAGAAGCCAGCCAAUGUUAAUGGUCCAUUUGUUGCACCCCAUGGGAAGGGCAAUUUCCCCAAGCCAAAACCGCUUGGGCCACAAAACAACUGGGCCCGAGGGAUGUACGGGAGGCCACCGCCAGGUCCACCGCCUGCAUUUCCACUGCCGCCACAUGCAUAUGGUGGUUAUGGUCAACACUCGAGCAUGGCACCGCUGCCACGACUGCCGCCACAUGCAUAUGGUGGUAGUGGUCACCACUCGAGCAUGGCACCGCUGCCACGACCGCCACCGCCAAUGCAAAUGUAUCCUUAUCCUUGUUAUCAUCGAACUAAGGAACCGCCGGUUGGCAACUCAAUGCUCCAUUAUUUCAGCGACGAUAACACUAGCACUAGUGCUUGCACCAUAAUGUAA